AUGGAGCUGGAGCGGAUGGUGCUGCUGUCACUGCUGGAGCUGGGCUGUGGGGGGCGCUUUGAGCUGCUGAAGGGGCAUAACCCUGGCUUGGACCCCCUCUCCACGCUGCCCCAGGGGCUGCCCCCCCACGCCCCUGACUUGGCCGCGGAACUGGAGCGGCGCUUCCUGGCCUCCCCUGAUUGGCUGCCCCUGCACCACUUUGAGCGUGCCCACAGGUUCUGGGCACGGGAGCCGGAGCCCCGGGCGCUGUUCGGGCUAGAGCCCACCCCUGCCCACUCGGAGCUGCGGGCUCAGCGGGACCCGGCCACGGGCCGUGUGCUGGGCUUCGCCGAGGUGAGCACCGGAUGCCAGGGUUCUCUGGGGAGGGGGAACCUGGACACCUGGGUCCCAGCUCAGCUCUCUGGGGGGAGAUGGAGGGGGAGCCUGAACACCUGGGUCCACUGUGUGGGGGUAGAGGGAGAGGCCCAUUGCCUAGGACAGGCCCAGACACCUGGGUCUAUUCCCGCAGCCGAGGCUCUCCGGGGCAGCUCCACCAACUUCCCCUUCUGGCCAGGUGGAUUGGAUGAGCCUGGCCUGGACCAGAUCAGUGCCCGAGGGGACCAGGAGGAAGAUGUGGACUUUGAGCGUGACCUGCUGACGGUGCCCCCAGGCUGGCAGCGCGGUGUGGACUUCCAGCCCACAGCUGCCGGCUCUGCCCCGGGGCUGCUGGCCCUGCCUGGCCUCCUGGAGGCACUGGACACCUGGGACCUGGGGGGCUUGGGUGAUGAGGCUGGGGGGGCGGAGGAGCAGCCCAAGGGGGCCAAGGAUGCUCCCAGCCCCACCCCCAGCCCUCGCCUAGCCCGCACUGACAGCCUGGAGGAGCUGGUGAUGAAGGAGGUGACCCCGAAGUCCAGCACUGCCCCCCCAGCCCCUGCGCAGCCCCCUCGGGAGCAACAGUGGGCCGUGGCCGUGGAUGUCUCUGCGCCCGUGGAUGACUUCUACAAGCGUGUCCCUGACCCUGCCUUCCGGUGGGCGUUCGAGCCGGAUGCCUUCCAAAAGCAGGCCAUCCUGCACCUGGAGCAGCACCACUCCGUCUUCGUCGCCGCCCACACCUCGGCCGGCAAGACUGUGGUGGCUGAGUAUGCCAUUGCCUUGGCCCAGCGCCACAUGACACGGACCAUCUAUACGUCACCCAUCAAGGCUCUGUCCAAUCAGAAGUUCCGGGACUUCAAGACAACUUUCGGAGAUGUGGGGCUGCUCACAGGAGACGUCCAGCUGCACCCCGAGGCCUCCUGCCUCAUCAUGACCACCGAGAUCCUGCGAUCAAUGCUGUACAACGGGUCAGAUGCCAUCCGGGACCUGGAGUGGGUGAUCUUUGAUGAGGUUCAUUACAUUAACGAUGCUGAGCGUGGGGUGGUUUGGGAGGAGGUCCUCAUCAUGCUGCCUGAGCAUGUCAACAUCAUCCUGCUCAGCGCCACUGUCCCCAACACCCUCGAGUUCGCCGACUGGGUCGGGCGGAUCAAGCAGAAGCAGAUCUUUGUGAUCAGCACACGGCGCCGCCCUGUGCCCCUGGAGCACUUCCUCUACACGGGCAACAGCACGCGCACCCAGGACCAGCUCUUCCUGUUGCUUGAUGCCCGUGGCACCUUCCUCACCCAGGGGUACUAUGCAGCGUUGGAGGCCAAGAAGGAGCGCACCAGCAAGCAUGCCCAGACCUUUGGCGCCCGGCAGCCCACGCACCAGACCACUGGGCCCGGGCAGGACAAGAACGUGUGGCUGUCACUGCUGGGCCUGCUGCGGCGCCGGGACCAGCUGCCCGUGGUGGCCUUCACGUUCUCGCGGAACCGGUGCGACGAGCACGCCUCCAUGCUGACCACGGCUGACCUCACCACGGGCGCCGAGAAGAGCGAAAUCCACGUCUUCUUCCACAAGUGCAUCGCCCGCCUCAAGGGCACUGACCGCCAGCUCCCCCAGGUGCUGCACAUGGAAGAGCUGCUGAAGCGAGGCAUCGGGGUGCACCACAGCGGCAUCCUGCCCAUCCUCAAGGAGGUUGUGGAGAUGCUCUUCAGCCGGGGGCUGGUCAAGGUGCUGUUUGCCACUGAGACCUUCGCCAUGGGCGUGAACAUGCCGGCCCGCACGGUUGUAUUCGACUCCAUCCGCAAGCACGACGGGUCCUGCUUCCGUGACCUGCUGCCUGGUGAGUACAUCCAGAUGGCUGGACGGGCUGGGCGCCGGGGGCUGGACACCACAGGCAUGGUCAUCAUCCUGUGCAAGGGCCAGGUGCCUGAGAUGGCUGACCUCCACAAGAUGAUGCUGGGCCGUGCGCUGGCGCUGGAGUCACGCUUCCGCCUGACCUAUGGCAUGAUCCUAAAUCUCCUGCGGGCCCGGGGGCUGCGGGUUGAGGAUGUUAUGCGCCGCAGCUUCUCUGAGUUUCACACCCGCCGCCAUGCCCAGGUAGUGCCCAUCAGCUGUAGGGGGCUCCAAGGGGGAAGAGAGAAGCCCUUGGGGAAGCUUUAGAGGCUUCAGGAGUUUUUAGGAGAUCAGAGCAGGCCUACCCCACCCCCGCAGAGGAAGGUGCUGGAGUCGGCAGCCGGGCUGAAAGCGCUGAGCCCUGGGCGCGUGGUUGUCGUCUGUAACGGUGUGCACCGCAAUGCCCUGGGCCUGGUCCUGCAGGUCUCGACAGAUGCAGGCGCCCGCAGCUUCACCGCUCUGGUGCUGUGUGACGUGCCCCCUGAGGAUGGGGCCCCAGCGGAGGGCACCAACCCCCGCAGCCCUGUGGCUGAGGCCGAAGCCCCCCUGCCUGAGGAUCUGCUACUCACCAAGCUCUUUCUCCCAGAAGGCCGGGCGGGACACGUGGUGCAGCAGCUGGGUCCGGGUGACAUAGCGGCCGUGACGGCCAAGACACUGCGGAUCAGUGCUGAGCGCAUCCUUGAGGACAGUCGACGGCGCCCCCCCCCCCGCUACAGGUUGGGGUGGAGCCUGGGUGGGGUGGGGCUUCCAGCAUGGGAGUGGAGCCUGUUUUUUGGGUCCCGGGAGGCAAAUGCCCUGCAGCUGAAGGAGCCGGCUGUGGUGGAGGCGCCCACCCACGCCCGGCGCCUUGAGGCUGCACUGCCUGGCUUCCACUGCCCCCACAGCCCCCGCUUUCCCCGCCAGUAUGCAGUGCUGGCAGGGGGGCGGGCAGCCGAGGCAGAGCUGGAGCAGCUGCAGUUCCUGCUGUCUGACCAGUCCCUGCUGCUGCUGCCCCAGUACCCCCAGCGGCUGGAGGUGCUACGGACGCUGGGCUAUGUGGAGCCAGGGGGGGCGGUGGGGCUGGCGGGCCGUGUGGCCUGUGCCAUGAGCAGCCAGGAGCUGGUGCUGACUGAGCUGGUGCUGGACAACGCGCUGACCCCGCUGCGGCCUGAGGAGGCGGCCGCCCUGCUCAGCUGCAUCGCCUGCCCCCACCCUGCCACUGCUGAGCUCCAGCUCACCCCCGCCCUGCGCCAGGGCCUGGAGCGGCUGCGAGCAGUGGCGGAGCGUGUAGGGCAGCUGCAGGAGGCCUGCGGGGUGCCCGAGCCCCUCGACGACUUCGUGGCACAGUUCGGGCCUGGCCUCAUGGAGGUUGUCUACGACCCCGCCCCUUAGGGUCCAGAGGCCUCACCCUUUGUGGAGCUAGCACGCCUGUCAGCGGUGCAGGAGGGGGCCGUGGUGCGUGGGAUCCAGCGCUUGGCUGAGACCUGCCGGGAUGUGCGUGGCGCUGCCCGUGUCAUUGGGGACCCCACACUGGGUGCUAAGAUGGAGGCGGCUGCUGCUCUCAUCAAGCGUGACAUCGUCUUCGCUGCCAGCCUCUACACCCAGUGACCCCUGCCUUCUGGACUGUGACACUUGACCUCACCUUGAGUUCCCAUCUGAGACUCCCAACUUCAUGACUCCUGAGCUGUGAGCCCUGACUUCACUGUGACCUCUGAUUUGACCCAUGAUCUCUGAGAUCUCUGCCCUUGCUGUCACCUCAGAGCUGACCUUCAACCUUGUGCCCCCUGACCUUGCCAUGAUCUCUGGUCCCAACUCAAUCGUAAUUCCCAAUCUCUGACCCCUAACUCUGGCAGAACCAUCUGUCAGUGCAACUUCUGACCUUGGCAUGACCUCUGGUCUCAGUGACUUCCACCCCUGCUGUGAUCCCAUCUCUCUGACCUGUCACAACUGGAUUUCACUGGGAUCUCCAACCUCCGACCCUCCUGAUUUCACGACUACCACCCCACAACCUCUGACCUCAUUGUGACCCUAGCCCAUACCCUGACUUGCUUUCUCAAUUUUCUCUGUGACCCUAACCGUCAUGACCUGUGAUCUUCAACCUGACCCCGUGGUGUAGCAAUUGACUCCUGUCCCCAAUCUUAUACGGACCUUUUCUGAACCCCCCCCUCUAGCCAAUGCCCCCCCCCCCCCAAUCCUACCACGAUCUGAGCUAUGACCCUGAUCUUAUCGCAAUGUCCAGCUCCUGGCCUUGCCAUGACUGCCAGCCUCUUGCCAGCCUCUUGCCCCCCACCCAGUCUUGCUGUGAUCUCUGACCUGUGCCCCCUGGACUUGCUGUGAACUUUCAAACCUGGGAUCUGCGACCCAAUCGUGCUCUCCUGCCCUGGGGACAGAACAUCUCUGGCUUCAAAGAUCAUCUCAAAUCCUGGUGAGCUUUCAUCCCUGGACUUGGGUUAACAGCUCCCCUCUGACCUUUGCUGCCAAUCUCUACAUUCAGUGACCUCUGCCCCACUGUAAGCUCCAGUCUCUGACCCCCAUCUGGGGGAAGUAGACACCUUUGCUGCUCUCUGACCUCAGGGAAGGCCUUGAAUCCUGGUGACCUUUCACCCUUGGGCUGGGGUCAACAGCUCCAUUGUGAACUUUGAGGUCACCAGGGUGAGUUUUUUUCAUGAACUUUGAUCCCCUAGAAGCUUCUCAGUCUCCAGUGACUGUUGACCCCCCAUUGCGGUCAUUGGAGUGGGUUUGCCCUCUAACCUUUCAUCUCUGGACUUAUGGGGGAAGGAGCUAGGCAUGACCUUUGACCAGCUGCUUCUAGACCAAUAGGGGAGCAGCCCUCCUCCCCCCAUGGGGCUCCUGUGCCUGAGAGCUCCCCCUGGUGGCCUCUUGGGGGGGGGGGGGGGACUUGAGGGGGUCAGAACUGUGCCUCCCACCUACCUAGAAUAUCUGGGGCUAGCUACAGCUCAUAAUAAACCCCAUCUUGAAGCCGUUGCUGCUUGGUGCCUGACUGGUGUAUGGAGGUGGACAAUGACUGCUUGGUCCAGCUGCCUGAAGGUAGGACAGGAAGCCCCACAACCUGCUUAAAACAAUCCCCAGUGGAAUGCCUUCCCUGCUGCUUGUGGCCAGAGCCUUGGCCCCCCCCCGGCUACGGGGCAGAUACUUGAGGAAUGGGGUGCAUUGUACAUGGGUAAUUAUGGUACACCCAUCUCCAUCUUCUUCCCUACUCGGCUACCAAUCCCAGUGUCUAGCUACUGGGGCUGGGACCCAAUCUGCAGCUUGUGGGGGCAGCAUCUUUGGAGUAAAGUCCCACUGUUCUUCCUGAUUAUUGUAUUUUCCUACAUAAACUUUUCCCUGGCCACAUACAGACAUAUGACAGAGGCAGACACUGGAAGCCUGGGCAGAGGUGCACACGGACAUAUUUGUACGUAGAUAAUUAUAGCACAUCUGCCUGUAUAUCUCUAGCCUUGCUACCAAUCCCUACUGGGAUCCAAUCCAGGGGAGGGUGGGGGUGGGACAUGGACCUCCUCCUCUUCUUUCCAGUUGCCAUAUUUUCCCAUCUAAACUGUCUAGUGAGAGGCAGAGCCACAGGCAGAAGCAGCCUGGGAACAGGGGCAUGGAGGCAAAUUGGACACAGAUACUUAAAGCACAACCACCUGCACCUUACCCUAUUAGCACUCCCUGCCUCCAUGUCAUAAAGCUCCCAGCCAAUCUGGCACCUUGGAGGGGUGCCUCCAGGACAGGGAUCCUACCCUCCACAAAAUUACUAUAUUUUUCCAUCUAAACUUCUUCCCAGACCAGAGGACUUAAAAAAAAAUGAACAUGUGGGUACAUCACAUGUGGGUUAUUCCAGUAUGUCCACCCUGCCUUUCUCCUUACCCUGUUACCAACUUAAGUCUUGCUCAUGUGGCUGGGAACUAAGCUGGAGCAUGGGGGCAGAGGAGCAGGAUGUCCAGGGUUGAGGUCCUGCCCCAUCCAAGUUACCAUAUUUUCCAACCCCAAGAGGAACAGACCCAGUGAGACAGACAGAUGGCAAAGGAGCAAGCUGGGGUGUUGUACAUAGGUAGUUAAACAGUACAGGCACUUGCCUUCCUC